AUGCACGGCUCAAUGGAAGAUCUCUAUUUUUAAAUAUGGGCAAAGUAUAUUGAUUCUGACAAAAUUAAGAGCACUCUAUUAACUUUUAUUGAACCCUCAAAUCCCUUAUAAAAACUUUUAUCCUUUGGAUAUGACUAUGAUAAAGAUAAUAUAGUGUAGUUAAAACUUUAAGUUUUUGACUAAGUUUAUCAAAGUAAUGACAAAGUGCUUUCUGAUUAUCAAAAAAAUCAUAUAAUAGUAUUUGAUUAAUGGAAUAGUUACCAGCUAUAUAUGAAUGCAACAAAAAUCAUCUUCAAUAUAAAUGAUAUCUAAUUGGCUGAAAUGGAUAUUGUAGACUAAGAUAUGAUUCAAAGAUUUCUCACCACUUAAGUGUAUGAUGAGAAUAAGAUAAUCCCAUAGUGCGAACUUGGUGUAGAUAACUUCAAUGGAUACAUGAGACAUGUCAUCAUAGCUUACAGUUUUAAGGAUUUUAAAACAUAUCAAGAUCAUUACUUGCAUCGGUUCCCCUCACCUCUAGAUACCCAUAUUAUACUAUAUCAAUCGCUAGAAUAAAAUCUAGGCCAUUAAUAUUGGAUUGAUACAAAUAAUAUAGAUUCAUAGAUUAGUAUACAAUUUGAUAAGUAAAAUGAGCCAGAUCAGAUCUGUAAAUGCGAGAGUGAUUAAUCUUAGUCAUCUAAUUACUUGAUUCUUAGUUCAAAGAGUUUCUUGGAUGAUCAUUACUUAGACAAUCAAUAAUUUAAAAUCUCUAUUAGUGCUAUUUAAUUCAGUUUUACAAUUAAUAUACAUGAGCUACUCACUGUUAAAGAGAUAGAUUUGUUUAAACAUGAAGGGGUAUUUAGAAUUUUAAUAAAUCAAAAAUUAAAACUCCAAUUCAUUAUAUCCUAGACCGCUUACACUUUUGAUAUGGAUGAAAACAAGAAUUUUAACAGAUCUAUUUUCAUAAAUAGCUGGAUGAAUUAUACUUUAGAUAUAAAUUCUCAGUAGUUAAAUUUAACACUUAACGACUUUACACAAUAAUCUCCGGUAAAAUUCUCAAUCAAUAUUGCUAAAUCAGACUUUGACGCUAUACUGAAUUCAAUCAAUUAGAAAGAAUCAUAAAUAUUGAAAUUCGGAGUUCAUAAUAUAUAGUACUAUCUACUAAACCUAAAAUAUGUUCUAAAUAAAAAUACAGUAGUCAUUGAUUAGUCAUUCAGCAGAGACAAUUUCAUAUCAACUUAGUAAUUUGAGUCUCCAUAAGUUAGUAAACAGAUUCCAAUAGUAUCAGGAUAUUUUACCAAUUCAAUGGCCAAUUUCACAUCUAUAGGUGCUUUAUUUUAGUAAAUAAGGGGACCUUGUAAUUUCAGUGAUGAAAGUUUCGGAUUUGAUGGAAUAGUUUGCAAAGAUUUGAGAAAAUAUGUUGGCUUUAAUAUAAAUCAGUAGUCAUAGGGGAAAGGUCUAGUCCAAAAUUUAAUGGUAUCCUCUAAUGGACAGUUUACUUUUGAGACAUGGUUUAAAUUUAUUGAUUUUGUCAAUUCAGGCUAGUAAAAUGCAACAAUAAUGACUAAUUACUAAUAUCUUACUAAUCCCCUUAUCGCCAUUCAGAUUGCAUAUAGUAAUGGAUAUUAUGUCGAAUGCAAUCCAUACUUUUAAACAAAAAAGAUUGAGGGUUUCUUAGAUUCAGUUGUCAUCUUAAGUGGAGAUAUAAGGAAUUAAUGGGUUCAUAUGGCUUGCAUAAGCAAUAAUGAUUUAUCAGUAUAACAGCUAAAAAUGAUACUAUUUAAUCAUAAGACCUAAUUAGAGUUCUCUUAAAUUAGAACUAAUUCCUAUACGAUAAAUUUACCAAAUAAAAAUCCUAUAAAAACAAUUCUAGGUAAUAAUCAAGAUGAGAAUUCACCAUUUAAAGGAUUUAUUAGGGAGACAAGAGUAUGGGGUUCUAUUAGAUAAUUUGAUGAAAUUAAGAAAUUUAGAUAUCAAAGUUUACCCCUCUUUGAAAGAACAUAAAUGUUUUCACAAAUUUAGCUCAACUAAGGCCUCGGAGAUAGAUCCAUUUAGCUAUUUUCUAAUCUUAAUGAUCUAGACUUUUAUUCCUUCUCGAAGUCAACUCCAAUAAGCUGGGUAAUAGAUGAGGAUUUGACAAUUUGUCCAGAAAAUACCCUUUAUUAUUAACCAACAUAAUGCUGUUUGAAGGAUGAUUACACAAUAGAGAUUCUUAAGAUAUUUACUGAGAAUUAGAAAGGAGAGAAUUAGAUUCUUUUAACUGCAAAACUUAGCUAUCUAUUGAUCCCUUAAAGAUUAUCACUUGACCUAUUUUAAUUCAAUUGGACGCUUAAGAAUAUCUUAAAUUAUGAAGGAAAUGGUAGCUUGGAAUAACACUUCAAAGAAGUAAAAUAAUACAUUGAGCAAUAGAAUGAUUAAGAAAACAUUAAUAAAAUUACCAUUUUAGAAGAUAUGCUCGAUGCAAAAGCUUCAUAUAUAAUUUAGGCUUAGAUUUCAUCUAAAAUAAGAAGAUAUAACAGAACAUUAUCAAGUUUAUAUGAAUUAAAACCAGAAUGUCCCAUAGUUGAAAUUCAGCCAAUUUACAACACAAAUCAUAUAAUCAGAGUUCAUUAAAAAAUGAGCCCAUAAAACUUGGUAUUGCAUCUAGAUAUUUAAGAUAAAUGCUCAGUGAUUACUACUAUUAAAACUAUAGUCUGGGAACAAGAAUAGACUGGCUCGUACUUCGAUAUAUCAAGUGAUAAUAAAUCUAUUUAGUUCACAAAACUAAACUGGAUUAGCUAGUAUCUAUAACUUACUGUAAGCAUUAGAUAUGAAUAAAAUGGUUAAAUAAAAACAAUUGGAGACUAUGUCUCAAUUCUAUUAGUAAGUCAACCUAUUAAUCUCUAGCUAUCUCCAAUUAGUUAGAAAAUUGAAUUGCCUUAAAGUGUAUUAUUUGAUCCUUCUUAGACAAUAUUUAAUGUUGACUACUACGAUGAAUAAGAUAUUUAAUACAGCUUAGAAUGUCCUGAUGUCCUGUUUUACGAGAUGGAAGAUAAAGAUAAUAUAUGUCAACCUGAUUCUAAAACUGGAAGGGUGGUUUUAAGCCCCAAUGAUUUGAAGAUAAUUAGAAAUGCAAAUUAUUAGUUCAAAUUUUAGAUUAGCUCUAACUAUUUGAAUUAUAUUGAUUCUAAGCUCAUCAACCUUUAAUUCUAUAAAAUUGAGUCUCAUUACUGUCCAGAUGCAAGCAUGCAAUAAUAUACAUACUUUUAGAAAAGCUAGGAGAUUAUGCUUUUCUAACCGAGCAUAUCCUUAGAUUGUAGAACAAGUCUAAAUUAUAGUGAAACUUUGGUUGAUCAUUACGUUAUUAAUAGAGUGAUAUGGAUCUAUGAUAACUAAGAAGACACAUUUCCAUAUUUAAGCAUAUCAUAGGAUGGAUUAAUAGCUUAUCUCAAAGAUGAUUUAAGGUAGAAAAUUUUGCCAGGAUAUAACAACAAUGUAGCUUUAAAGGUUUUAAUAAAUGAUACAUGGUAUAAUAGUAGCACAUGGAUUGUACUAUAAAAGUCUAGAGUUCAAAUUUAAAUAGAAACAAACUUUCAAAAUAAUCAAGUUGAAUUCGAUUAGGUAAUGAUAUUAAAUGCAUCAAAAUCUUAUGACUCAGACUAUCCAGAUGAUCCCAUUGAAUUCAAAUGGUAAUUCAGUGCUAACCCUGAACUUAAUGAUUAAGACUUUGGAUUAAAUGAUGUACUAAAGCUGAAUCCUAUUACAAGAUUGAAAUUAAACUCCUAUAUUGGAUAUUAUUAUAGCUUUGCUAUAAGUGCCUCAAAUAGUAAAUAUGAAAAUAGCGAAGAUUUAUUGAAUUUAGAUAUUAAAUUCUUAAAGUAUGAUUUAGAAAAUUUAAGAGAUGAUAACUGUGCUCCUAAAGUAGACUAUGAUACUCCUACUCUGAUUUUUAGCAAUCAAAAUGGUUCUGAUAUCAAUUUCGAUGUUUCAAUUGAUUCAUAAUAAUGUCAAGAUCUUAAAGUUUAUCAAGGGAUAUUCGUUAUGUUUAGAUCUGAUCAAAGAGAUCAUUAUAUUGGGCAGCAAUAAUAAAUUCUUUGGUAGUCAGUUUUGGAUUUACAUAUAAAUUAGACUAUUACCUUGGAUUUUAUUUACUUAUUUUAGACUGGGCCCAGUAAAACGGAUGAGUAUUAUGAUUAUAUAAUCAAAACAUUGAACAUUUAAAAAGUAGCUUCACCUUUGGCAACUAAUCUCAACUAUAAGGAUGAGUUGAUAUUAAUAGGAUAGUAUGAAAUUAUAAAAAUUGAUGCGAGUAACACCAAGGAUCCAGAUUUAUAAGUUCAGCCUAAUUUUUCAUUCAAUUGGGGUUGUCCGAUAAAUUUCAAAUGCUAAUAAACUGGAUCUUCAUUAUAAAUUUCAAAGUAAAUGAGAAUUGAUGGAAAUCAAAAUGCAAUAGGAUCUGAAUUCACCAUAACUCUAGUUAUUUCUUCAAACAGAAAAUAAAUUAGCACUCAGCUUCAAUUUAAAAUAGUUGAACAAGAUUUCAAUAAAUGUAUUGAUAUGGCUCUUGAAUAAACUGAUAACAACAUUCAAAUCAAGAGGGACUAACAAUUUCCCUCUUCGAUUAGGCUGAACACAAAGCUGUAUUGUGAUCAAAUUAAAAUAGAUAACAUACAAUGGCAAUCAACAGAUUCGGUGAUAAAGUUCUGGCUCGCUGAUUAAGAUGGCCUGAGUAUGAAUAUUAAAUCGGGUCUCUAUUUGCCUAAGGAUAGAAAUGAAAUUAAUAUGAUAGUUCAACUAAAAUACACUUGGACUGAUGAAACUGAUUUCUAGAUAAAGUCAAUAACUAAAAAGAUAGAAUUUGUUAUAAAACUUCUUGCCUCUGACUUAAAAUCCGUUAUUAAAAUUUAAAACCAAGUAAUAUGGCCAGAGAUUUAGAAUCUUUUUAUUGAUGCUUCAUAAUCAAUUGAUCCUGACAACACAAAUACAAAUCUUAUCUGUACUUGGGUGUGCCCCUCUAAUUUGAAAAAUCAGGACUUCUGCAAAGGAACUACAGCUGACAGUUGCAUUCUAAAUCUACCAUAAUAGUCUUUGACAAGAUCAUAGAUAAAUAUUGAAUAUGAGUAGAUACUAAUCCAAGUAUAGAUAUCAGAUGAAACUGGUUAAAGACAGCAGAUUUAAAACAUAAGUGUUACUAUAAUUUCUGAUUCAAUUGCAACCGUUCUUCCCUUAUGUAAUAUAAUUUCGUUUAAAGGUGACUAAUUUUUAAUUGAUGAUCAAAUGACACUUUAUCCUCAAUGUAAUUAUUUUACACAAAGUGGGUAUUAUUCUUCGGAAUUUCUAAAACUCAAUUAUUAAUGGCAGAUUUCUCCCAUGAUGCAAGGAAUCGCCAAAAAUGAUAUCUAUUUAAGGUUCAAUCCAUUCCAGUUAGCCAAAGACCUAGACGAUAAAAUAUAGAGAAAAUUGUAUAUAAAUCUGACAAUUAGUACAUCGGAUACUAAAAUGGCUCAAAACUUAAGUUAUUCAAUCUUAAAAAUAUUUGAACUACCUUCACUAAUUGACGAAUAAUUUUCCUAAGGUUAUGUGAGUGUUUUACCAUCCUAAGGUUAUUCAAUGUUCAGCACUUUUCAGUUAGAAAUUAAGGGGAUCAUUUUGAAAAAUAAUCAAUACUUUAGAUUAAGAGUGGAAAAAUCUGAUAACACUUCUCAAGUUAUUUUACAUAAAGCAUAAAACUAUACUUACUUGGUAAAUUUCCCAAAAUAUACAUCGAAAGUAUAUGUUGACUUGAUUAAUGGAUAAAAGACAUCAAGUAAUAACUAUAGCAUCUACACUAUGAAUGUAAAUGUAGAGAUAAGCGAAUUCAGUGUCUUGACAUUGUAGGCCUUUAAUUAACUAGUAAUCCCUUAACUUGCUAGAGAAAUACAGAUAUAUGAUUAUAGUGAUUUAGCUUAGAUUGAAAUUCAAUUAAAUACCUAUUAUGGAUUGGCUAUAGCAAUCUCUAACGUUAACAUUGGACUUUAAACAUAAUAUUAUGAUGUGCUAAUUUCCAGAAUCUUACUAAUAACAUAAAAGCUUGUUUACAACUAUUUUGAUGAUAACGAAAGACUUCUACUCAAAUCCCUAUUACUAAAGAUAUCUAGUAUUGCAUAUGGUUAAAUGAUAAAUUCUACUAAUAGUGAAUUGCCGAUGCUUAAGUAAAUGAUUUUUGAGAAUUUCUUACAUGAAGAUAAUUUGAUAAAGAUCCAAGAUUCAAUGACUACUUCUGAAAUUGUAAAUGGAUAUGCGAGAAGUGUUGCCAAUUUAAUCUAGAAAAUAUGGAAUGAUGCUGAUUAAAAGCUUGGACUUGAGCGUAUAUUCUAUUAAAUAGUAACAUCAAAUCUUGUUUAAGGAGAGACAUUAAUAUUUGAUGAUCCUAUGGAUCAGUCUAGUAAACUUACUUUGUAUAGAAUUAAAUAACUAGACAUUGUGAGUCUUUCUCCUUUGACUUAAAAAUCUCCAAUAGUCAGUGAUUUAACAACAUAUACAAUAUAUGAAUUGGCAUCUUAUAACGAGGCGCAAUUCGUUUUAUCUGGCUUUAGAAAGAAUGCUGAAUUGUCUAGUUUCGAGAAUCAAAAUAUAUCUUAAUAAGUAUCUAGAACACAAUUAAAGAUUAAUCUACUCGAUAGAUAUUUAGAGAAAAUAGAGGUUAGAGAUAUUUCUGGGAUAUCUAUUGAAUUUCCUUUGCAAAACUCUUUAUUGAAAUAUUUGGAGACUACUAAUCAAAUAGAUACAUCACAUAAUCUUUUGAAAUGCGUAUCGAAAAGUGAUGAUGAAAUCUCUUUUAAUUUGAAUAAUACAGAUGUGACUAUGGAUUUUAGAAAAUUUUAGAAUGGAAUUGUUGCUUGCAAUAGUUCUCAUUUAAGUGUCUUUGAUGUGGUGUAUCUGCCUCUAUAAAUUUUACCAGCAGAUAUUGAUAAAAGGGAAUAGAGAAGAGAUAAAAUUUCAAUCUUCUAAACACUUCCAAUCCUUAACUAUGUCGUUCCAGCAAUAUUCUUCUUUUUCACACUAAUUAUGAUUGUAGCUGGUGCAUUAAUGAAUAACUUUGAUUAAAAAAGGCCAAAAAGAUUUUAUAACAAGUUAUCAUUUAUUGAAAAUAUUUAGAAGCAUUCAUACUUGAGAUUAUUAGGAAGCAUGAUUUUACUCUUUAACCCCUUCUUUAACUAUAUUAUAAAGCCAAAUCACUAUUUGAGCAGACCCCUUAGAUUAAUGUUUAUAUAGUGCUACUUUUUAGGAAUAUCAGCUAUCUCAAUAGCUAUUUUUGAAUAAAGGAAAGAUAGAAUUUAGAUUAGAGACAUCUUCUAGUACAGUUUCAUAAUGAUAAUAUGUAUUACGUUAUUUAGGCCAUUGCUGUAAAGAAUGUACUUCUCCCUGUUUUAUCCAUAAACUCUAAAAAAUUGGAGAUAUGAGACUAAUUUAGCUUCUGAGAAAAGAAGAAUGAUCGGAGAUGACGACCAAGAAGAUGCUGAUUUUAAUGGGAAAUAGAAAAGGAAGUCUAGAAAUGAGGACAACUCAAUAAGAUUAGAAAAUUCAAUGAAUAGAAUGAUUGGGGAAGAUUAUAGCAGUGCUAUAGUUAGAUUAGAAAAAAAUGCAAAUUCAGAUGAUGAGGUAAAAGGCGAUGAAAUUAUUAACUAUAGAAGGAAUAAAACUCAAGUAAAGACUACGACAUAGAGCUAAGAGCUUAAGAAAAAUAAUAAAAAUAUUAAGAGAAAAGAUUCCUAAAAGCAGUCUUUAAAAAGUAGUGGUGGAGAUAUAGAAUUACAAGAUUUCAAGCCUAAAACACAAUAGAAUAGCUAAAAGGGCUCGCAAGAGUCUCAUUUGCAGGAAAACUAUUUAAAUGAGAUGAAUCAAAUAGAGACGUUUUCUCCAUAGCAUGAUAAUAACAACUCUAUUAGAGAUGUGAACUUCCCACAAAUAGAGUAAGAUCAAAUAAAUGGGAAUCAUAGUUCGAGUGAAGACAUCAUAAUUAUUGACCAUGAGAAAUAAAAUAAGAUUCAAGAUUAAUAGGACGAGGAAAUCAAUGUGAUUUUAGAUGAAGAUUACAUGGAUAAGUAGUAAUAUGAAGGAGGAGAAGUUGAUCAAGAUAAUAGUAUCGAGAUUAUAGAUGAUAAUCUAGAAGAAGAAAAAUAAACUAGCAAUGUCACAAAUAGUUUUAACAAUAAUAAUAGUAAUCUUGUUAAAGCCAAAAAACCUAAAAAGAGAAGAAGAAAUGCUGACUAGCAAUCAAAGAAGCCUAGGAAAAAUCACUAAAGGAGCUUAGAUGAUAACGAAGAGAUAGGAGAUGAUAUAGAAAAUUAGUCUAAUAUUGAUGAAUCUACCCCAUCACUUGAAGGAAUAUUUGAUAACUUUAGAUAACUUUAAAAAGAGCCUGUUUCGCCUUGCAGAAAGGUUUCUGGAUUACUAUUGGUUAUAAUCGUUUUGAUUGGCUUGAUAGUGAUCCAUAUUCAAAUGCUAGAUAGCCUUUAAGAGAAUCAAUUCUAAAAUUGGUUCUCAUGCACCCUCUUUACCUUUAUCUUCUAGAUAUUUGUAGUAGACACUUUGAUUUAUGCUUUUGUUGCCCUAAGAUUGAAAAGAAAGAAAAAUCAGAUGAGAAAGGCUGGAUGCUUUUGUUUAAAUAGAGAUAAAGUGUUGAUAGUUUGGCCAUUAGGAUAUUUUAAAUUUACAGAACUGGAAAUAGAAGUAGCCAAACUUAAAGACUUUGAUGAGGAGUAUAAAUUAUUAAUAUAUGUUUGA